AGUGUACGUUCUACAUUCGUAAAUAUGGCGAUUCUCCUAUCGCUUGCAAGUUUUGCGAUUGACAACUCCGUCAUUCACAUAUCAAAUUUAACGUAAAUAGUUAUAUAGUAUUAUUUUUAAUAAAAUAAAAUGUUAUUAACAUUGAAACCGGAUCAUAAAAAACAUGUAUUACUUCUUAUAGGAUAUACACCGCAAGUUUUACAAGAUUUUUGCAAAUUAGCACUAGAUUAUCUGCAAAAAGGGCCAAAUAUUAAAUUAUAUAACGCAGCAGCUCAGAAAUUGGAUGUUGAAGUAAGUGUAAUUAAGAAUUCAGUGGAAGGACUUGUUAAUUUAUUAAUAGAGAGUUGUAGAUAUAAGCUAAAUUCUGAGGACUUUAGAGAUUCAAUAAUAUCUUUAGGUUUCUCUGAACAACAAGAAGUUAUAUUAAGUAAAUUAUAUAAUGUUAAAAAAGAUGAAAUAUUGGAUACACUCAGAGAUAUUGGAUUUAAGUUGCCAGAAUACCAUGAUAUGGAAUGGAGAUUUGAAGUCCAGAUUGCUUCAAGAGCAUUAUUGAAACAAGUUGCUCCUCUCAUUACUUUGGAUUUAUCUAUAAAGGAUCCUGGCAAGGAUGAAAACAUUGAGCAUGUAUUACUUCAAACUGACCCUGUUAAUUUAUCACACAUAACACAACAAUUAGAAGAGGCUCUUCAAGAAGGUUACAGUCAACACAUUCGUAGACUUUCAAGAGCAAUAAAAUGAUGACUUUGUAAUAUAAUUAUAUUUUAUGUAAUAAAAUAUAUAAAUUAUAUACAUAGAAUAUA